AUGGGUAGGUUUUAUUUCCAGACCUAGUCGCCAUAUCUUUGAACUAGUACUCUUAAUUAAGAUAGUUGUGCUUGCUUCGCUAUGUUAUAUUAUUUUGUGCAUAUGUGCACAAACACAACGCAUAAUCUUGUUUGCUUUUCCUUGGAAGUAUUAGGAUUCUCGAACCGAUAGGCAAAAUUCUCCACACCUCUUAGCUUAGGAAGUUGUUAAACCGAAAUUGGUGGAAUUCCCUUCAAACAAUGCUAGCAUUAAGAUUCAAAUUUGAAGCUUAAUGCUAUCAUUCAUGUGAGCAAAAUGUAUUUGUCCUGACUUUAUUUGGAAUUUGACGCCUUAACGAGUGACUCGUCAGUUUGCUUCUGGGUCCCUUCUCAAGUUGAUUUUGCAGCAUUUUCUUUAUAAUGGGUGUCAUUCCGUGAGUGAGAAUCAGUCACAUCUGGCCUCCACUAAUUUUGAUUUAAAAUACGCUGUACACUCUGUGGAUGUCCCAGGUGGCCGCCCACGUUAAGGAUUAAGUUUUUUAAAACUUUUUGUUCUCGAUGCCUUUUACCAUUUAGUUUUUUAUCUGUCCACUAAAGGACAUCGGAAACAGGGAUCCCCUUGAAAAUUGAUGCACAUCACGCUUUGGUAAUUAAGAGGCAGUAGUAUGUGCACGCUUCCAUAAUGUUCGAACGUUAAAGUAGUGCCUCACAGUAUAUGUUGUGGAAUAGCAUGUGUACUUGGAAGUCGACUUUUCGACCGUGACAACAGUAGCUUAACUAUGUUUAAAUAUAUAUUUAAAUAACUGGCGUGCUCUGUAUUCAAAAGUGAUACAAUAAAAACGAGAAGACUCUUCAGUAGAAUCGAGUUGUACUCGUGAAUUUUCAAGUUGGUAACACUUACUCGUUAUCCGUCGUCUACACUAGGUGUUUCUGUGCGAAUGUUUAUGCUUCCGGUCCCAGCUGGUGGUCGAAGUGAUGAUUGGCUGAAUGAUGGGAGACAAGCCCCAAACAGUGCUGUAUCAUUCUACCACCAUACGCUAUCACCUCCCUUCUGUUAUCACAGCUUAGCAUAUUUUGGCCUGGUGGGUGGUGGCCUGUUCGGGAUCUUUAUCACCCAUACUUAGCGUCGGGAAGCCAAUGGAUCGGUGUGCACCUAUGUUGAGUGAAUAUAUGUAUAUAUGGGAUCAGUUGAUUGCUGUUCUUAUUAUCUGCUCAGGCAAAGUAAAGAAGGUAGGGAACUCGCAGUCCGGAAGGAUUUUUGUUUGAUAAAGUGAGGGAUAGCCGGGAAAGUUUCACGAUUAUGGUUCGACAGUCUUCUACGCUGUUGUCCACUGGUAUCAAAUUUGCGGAAUUUUAACUAAGAUGGAAAGUACAUUAUGAUAGCACGUGUGUUUUAGACUAAAAUAUUCCGCUUAUGAUUUUGCAGUUUGUCUUGCUAUUUGUCCAACUGUUGACUUGGACGGCUGCAGAUGUUCAUUCAACCUAUCCAUUUGCCGGAUUAAUUAGUGAUUGUACUAUCUGCUCGCGCAAAAUAAAGUAUGUGGGAAAUUCAGACGAUUAAAUACGUUUUUUCUGUUGUAUUGAGGAAUGACCGCGCAAGGUUGGUGAAGAUAACACUGCCGUCGCUGCCGACGACGUCCACUGCUGUUUCGUUUUGGGAAUUCUAAUUAUAAGAGAAUAAUGUAGUAUAAUGAAUGGAAAAGUAUUGAAUGUAUGCGUUUUAGAACGAAAAGUUUUAUUUGUGGCACUACAGGCUGUUCUUUUAUUUACUAUGUCAUUAAAUAACUUUUUAACAUUGGCCGUUUAAUUUUGUUCAACUUAGACUGCGGUAGGUUGCUCACCCGAUUUUACUCACAGAGCCCACUUAUAGCGUUCGCAGAAGAAAUUGCGCACAUACAUGAGGGUUUAGACGCCUGCAUUUUAAACUCUCUACUUAUGAAAUUGCUUUAAUGCCAGCACCCACAAAAUAAGAGGGUUGUUGAUAGGAAUUUUGAGGAAAACCUUAUGAGUCGUAUGUGAAUAAACAUAUGACAAUUUGCACCACACACAUGUCUUUCGGAAAGGCCACUGUUUAGAACUAUUGGUCUCGGGAAUACUUGAAGAAACAUAUCCUUUUAAACAGACAAAUUCUUAUUUUAUGUCUACAAGUGAGAUUUUUAUAUUUAUCUCUUCAUCCUGCAGGCAAGAUAAACUGCCUCGUUUGUCAUCGGCGGUGUAGGGGCACUGUCCUAAAAAUUGACCAGGAACACGUUCAUAAGGGGUGUUUCAAGUGUUCAAGUAAGCACGCGGUUAGUGUCUUCACAUUUUGCCACAGAGUGUGGCAAGGCCCUAGAAGAGGCCAAAUUUCACAUGAAAGGGAAGCAACUUUAUUGUCAGGAGGACUUUCGCCGGGAAUUCAGCCUAAAGUGCAGCGGUUGCGGCAUGUCUCUGGAAGGCAAUGUGAGCACGGCCUUAGAGAAAUCUUUUCAUCCUGACUGCCUUCGAUGUCAUGUGUGCAGGCAAGUUGACGCUGCUUACAAUUUUUCUUGGAUUUUGUUUUGCACUUUGAGGUCAAAAGCGUUAGAGAACUUCAUCAUAUAAGCUUUCGUUAACUUAAACUUUUGCAAAUGCGUUCCCUGUCUAGUACGGCAAGAAGUAGUGUCGCGAAAGACAGCGAUGACCUUCGCAUGAUAUUUAGACUAUCAUGAGGAAAUUUGCGCACGCUUGACCUUAAAAGCAUCUUAGAGAGUAAUCACGAUUCAGUAGUACGAUGAGAUCGAGACAACUAGGAGAGGAUCGGUAGUUUUUGCAUAGAAAACCAGUCAAAAUGCAACAAGAUACAACUGGUUUCCCUAUCACUAAAGGGUUUCGCAUAAGAUUUUGAAGCCUUUUCUUAUCUAAGCAGCAGGAAGUUCCGGAUAAGCAUCUUUCGAAAUUACCAUGAAUAGAUAACUCAUUUAAUCUGAGGUGGUUCCAUUAGCAUAAUUCGAUACAUUUCACUAGGAACCUGCCAAACAGGCGCCUCCAUCGAUUAGGUUUAUAACGUUUAACAAGCUCUUUAACUUUCCCAGUUCUGUAUCGCUUCUGUAUCCUGAGCAUACUGUAAACGCUAAGCUUCAAUACGGGCAUGUAGCUAUUCGGAAACUGAUGACACCUGCGGAGCUUUAACCCCGAUUUUGACGAGUUUAUUUACACUGAAGACGCGUUCAGCUUUGUCCCCGUUCAAAGGCCUCUUCAUGCGGGCUUAUGAUGUUAGCCUGGCAGAAUGAGGGUUUUUGCGCCCAUAAGAGUAAUUAUCAUUUUCUGGUUAACCACAACAUGUUCGUUGCAAAGCCUAAAAUACAAAAGAAAUAGCUGUGAGGCCCAGCAGUUAAAGGCACUAAGGUCUCGCUCAGCAACAGCAAUGCCAACUUAAACGUUGCGGAACUGGUACUGCGAUCGCAUUUCCAAUUUUCUUCAAAUCAUCACCCAUUGAGCCUUUAGAGUGUUUUGGCGAACAAGCAACUCUAUGUACAUGAAGAGUUUGAGUGCUUUCGCCACCCACUUCCCUACUGAUAGCCUUUAAUCCCUACUAUCCUUUCCCCUCUAAGACGGCUUCUUCACACGGGUGAGAAGACAGUGGCCAAGGAUGACAAAUUUUAUUGCGUCACUUGUGUCCCUCCUUCUUCCCUACAUGACUCUUUCGGUCCUAAUGUGGUCUUGCGGGAUGAUUUUGGCGGUCAGAACGGUGACAAUUAUUGGCAUGCCGCUAACGGGAAAGAAGCUGGCAGCGGCGAUGCUCCUAACUUGAAAACGACCACUCCCAACCUCGGAAGAACCGAGAAGGCGACUUUUCUGCCCCCAAACACCGUCAAUGGGACGGGCGAACUGACAGUUAAUGUCGGAGAGAGCGACAUCAAUGGUGAGUGA